AUGGCCGAGAGAAAGAGGAACUGGAAUAAAGAAGAUGAUCUGCCCGUGUAUCUAGCUAGGCCGGGUACGACAGCCCAGACACCGCGGCAGAAAUACGGGGGGAUGUUCGCCUCCGUGGAGGGGGCCUACGAGAACAAAACCAUCGACUUCGACGCCUACAGCGUGGGGAAGAAGGGGUCCCGGACCCCACGGAGCGGCAGCCGGCACGAUAUGCUGGACGGAGGGGACAACUACAGCGAGACCGCCAGCGACAUCAGCGAGGUCUCUGGCUCCGUCAUCAGCUCCCCGGGCGACCGGGAGGACAAGACCCCGGGCGUGGAGAUCAGAUACCCCGUGGGGAAAGAGCUGCUGCAGGGCCAGGACAAUGGGCAGAGUGAUCGACUACUCAUUAAAGGUGGAAGAAUUAUCAAUGAUGACCAGUCCUUCUAUGCAGACAUUUACCUUGAAGAUGGACUUAUAAAGCAAAUAGGAGAGAAUCUGAUUGUUCCUGGAGGAGUCAAGACCAUAGAGGCUAAUGGGCGCAUGGUUAUUCCUGGGGGAAUAGAUGUCAACACUUACCUACAAAAGCCUUACCAAGGAAUGACUGCUGUCGAUGACUUCUAUCAAGGCACAAAAGCAGCGCUAGCAGGGGGCACCACCAUGAUCAUUGACCACGUGUUUCCAGAACCUGGAUCAAGUUUACUGACCUCCUUUGAGAAGUGGCAUGAGGCAGCUGACACCAAAUCCUGUUGUGAUUACUCUCUCCAUGUGGACAUCACCAGCUGGUAUGAUGGGAUUCGAGAAGAGCUGGAAAUACUGGUGCAAGACAAAGGUGUGAACUCUUUUCAAGUCUACAUGGCCUACAAAGAUCUCUACCAGAUGUCCGACAGCCAGCUUUAUGAAGCCUUUACCUUUCUAAAAAGUCUUGGGGCUGUUAUCCUGGUCCAUGCUGAAAAUGGAGACUUGAUAGCUCAGGAACAAAAGCGUAUCCUGGAGAUGGGAAUCACCGGACCUGAGGGACAUGCCCUGAGCAGGCCUGAAGAGCUUGAGGCAGAAGCAGUUUUCCGUGCUAUCACCAUUGCCAGUCGAAUAAACUGCCCUGUGUACAUCACCAAGGUGAUGAGCAAGAGUGCAGCUGAUAUCAUUGCACUGGCCAGAAAGAGAGGUCCUCUUGUUUUUGGAGAGCCGAUCACUGCCAGCUUGGGGACAGAUGGGACACAUUACUGGAGCAAAAACUGGGCCAAGGCUGCAGCUUUUGUGACCUCACCACCUCUGAGCCCUGAUCCUACCACUCCAGAUCACUUAAAUUCACUCUUAGCAUGUGGGGACCUGCAGGUGACGGGGAGCGGACAUUGCCCCUAUAGCACUGCCCAGAAAGCCAUUGGAAAGGACAACUUCACUAUGAUUCCCGAAGGAGUCAAUGGAAUUGAGGAGAGAAUGACUGUUGUCUGGGACAAGGCUGUAGCCACAGGCAAGAUGGACGAGAGCCAGUUUGUAGCUGUGACCAGCACCAAUGCUGCCAAAAUCUUUAAUCUGUAUCCAAGGAAAGGCCGGAUUGCUGUAGGUUCGGAUGCUGAUGUUGUUAUUUGGGACCCUGAUAAGGUGAAGACUAUAACAGCUAAAAGCCAUAAAUCGGCCGUUGAGUACAACAUCUUUGAAGGAAUGGAGUGCCAUGGUGCCCCACUCGUGGUCAUAAGCCAAGGGAAGAUUGUGUUUGAAGAUGGAAAUCUGCACGUAAAUAAGGGAAUGGGCCGCUUCAUCCCUCGCAAAGCUUUCCCUGAAUAUCUCUACCAGCGCGUCAAAAUCAGGAAUAAGGUGGGAGGACUGCAAGGAGUCUCCAGAGGAAUGUAUGAUGGGCCUGUGUAUGAAAUCCCAGCUACGCCAAAAUAUGCAACUCCUGCACCCUCAACUAAAUCCUCCCCUGCCAAAAACCAGCCCCCACCCAUCAGAAACCUCCAUCAAUCCAAUUUUAGCUUAUCAGGAGCUCAGAUAGAUGACAAUAACCCACGCCGCACUGGCCACCGCAUCGUUGCACCUCCAGGUGGUCGCUCGAAUAUUACCAGUCUUGGCUGAAAAAUGCUGAUGGACAGAAACACGAGGA